GAUUGACCGUACACCAAUUGAGCAUUGCGGUACCAAUUCGUCCGCAUAAGCAGAGUCAGACAUCAGGCGUCCGAUAAUCUCCUUUAUUGGAGUGUUAAAGUGCCUUUCCUCAUGUCCCAAUUGCUAUUGGGAGCGACCAUCAUCCUCUUGGUGCUCGUUGGAAUUAUUAGUGCGGACAUCAUGGGUUUCGCGUUCUGGAAGGGCAACCAAUUCCCAGUGGAGGGGAGAACGGUCCUGCUUACAGGCUCCUCACAAGGAAUGGGCUGCGAAAUCGCCCGUCUACUUUCCGCCCGCGGCGCAAACCUCAUCCUCGUCGCACGUACCGCAAAGAACCUCGAAGCCGCCAUAGCCCACGCGAAGACCCAUGCCAAGAAUCCUUCGACCCAACGCUUCACCUAUAUCGCCGCCGACGUGACCUCAGAGUCUGAGAACACGCGCAUUCUGAAGGAAGCCACAGCUUGGAAUGACGGACGCGUACCAGAGAUAGUGUGGUGUGUCGCGGGGUCUUCAGUGCCAGGGCUCUUCAUCGAGACGAGCACUGAUACGCUGAGGAGACAGAUGGAGCUGAAUUACUUUGCAUCAGCAUACAUGGCACACAAGACACUGCAGGCGUGGUUCUACCCCGAAGUACCGUAUAAGUCGCAAGAAAAGGGCUCUGCUCCUGAACUACCUCGCAAGUUCAUCAUGACCUCAUCCGCGCUCGCCUUCAUGAACCUCGCAGGCUACUCCGCCUACUCCCCCGCCAAAGCCGCGAUCCGGUCACUCGCCGACGGUCUCCGCUCCGAAGUCCAGCUUUACAACGCGGCGCGCCGCUCCAAGACGAGUAACACCGGUGUUGUACCUGCGCCUUUUGACGUCGAUAUCCACGUUGUCUUCCCAGGCAGCAUACUGUCACCCGGUUUCGAAAACGAGAACAAGACAAAACACCCCGUAAGCUUCGAGCUAGAGUCGUCGGACCCCAAGCAGACUGAGCUGGAAGCUGCAACGGCGGCGAUCAAAGGACUGGAAGGUGGCGAUUUCAUGACCCCUACAAACUGGCUAGUGCAUUUGAUGCGUUAUGGCUCCAUGUCAGGUAGCCAGAGGAAUAAUGUCGUUCUUGAUACCAUCGGAGCGUGGAUCGCGACAAUCAUCUGGUUGGUCAUGGUGCCGGAUCUGAAUGGUAAGGUUUGGGCUUGGGGCAAGAAGAACGGUAUGAGCGUGUUCAGGCCGAAUGCACAAUAGAUGGUGUUUCAUAUUGCGAACUGCUUGAGCCUAUACCCGAGAUGAAAUUAUACUAUGGUAAUGGAAUGUUAGAUAUUAAGAUCAGCCAGGAACCCCCAGGAUUCUCCAGCAGCGGAAUCCACCCAAUGCGCUCGUGGAAUGAUGUCUGGCAUGUUGCAUCCGGGCUGAUGAGAUCGCAGUACAUGUGCCGGUACACGUACCGCGAUAGCAGUCUUUUUCUUAGACGAAAUUCUGGUCCGACCUGGCAUUCGGUAGCCUUUGAUAAAGCAGUGCCAUGGGUAUGAAUUCUCG